UUGCACACAAUUUAUGAUCAAAUAAUGAGCAAGGCUAAAAAAACAUGUACGUUUAUUUAUUGUAUAAAACUUAUUUAGCUUCAAUAUUCACCUCAAAUUUUGUGUUACUUGUCACUGCACUUAAAAAGUAACCCAUUUCAAGCAAAUGUAUGGAAAUAGCGUGACCAGAUAAGUGACUUCAACAUGGACGAAAUUGUCCGUGGGGAAAUGGGUGAUGAGGAGCCUGCAUGUGAAAAGAUUCUGAGAUCUCUUGCUUAUAUAUCCAAUGUAAGCAACCAAGUGCUGACAUUUCAUUAUGUUGAUUGCCCUGAAGGUCAACACAUAGCAAUCAAUGUUUUUGAUAAAACGGACAUUGGGAUGGAUGGAAACAGUGGCACCAUGCCACAGAACAUAUAUAAAAGUGGUGGUGAUGAACUGGAGAGGGAUCUAAAAGAGUCUUUUAAAGACAGCGAACUUGAGAAAGAAGGUUUUUUAUCAACAGAAAAAACGAAGAAAGACAGGGCCAACAAUGAACAUAAAGAUAAACGUGGGAAGGUUCAAAUAGUGACAAAGACUCAACAAGUUCCUUAUCCCAGUGACAAUAAGGUCUCUUACGAUAAGGACAAGAUGUCCAUAGAUGUUGAAGGGGAUAUAUCAGAGCGCUCGAAAGUGGGGAAGCAGCAGAAGAAACAUGAAUACUUACAAUUAUUUAAGGUCAACCAACAAAGCGUAAGUGAUUCAACAGACAGGAAGCAAGAGCUGGACCCCUGCAAUGACAAAGAUGCAGUAAAGUUUGACAGUCUAAGGGUGUAUGACUCCGGUUGCCAUGGUGAGAAGAUGGACCAGCCCAAGAGCCUGGAGACUGGUUCAUUUGUGAUGGCAUCAAAUGUGGAAGAGCUGUCCGAAAAAUGCAAGGACCAGUCAAUUGGCUGUCUUAAAACUGAGAUGAAAGGGGUCAGAUCCCAGAUCUCCAUGGAUGAUAACAACUGGAGUGGGGACAGUAGAGCCGAGGUUUCCAUGGUUACCAGUGGAUCUGGGCGUGAACCCUGUGAGAGUGAGGAUGUCAGUGAGGCCCCAGAGAGCCCUGAGUCCAUGGAAGACAAGCUUGCUUUUGUUCGCCCUUAUUCCCCUUCGCCCUAA